CCUGUCUGAAAAUUAUUUCAACAAAUGAGACGUCUCUGGAGAAUGAGAGACACACUUAAGGAAAAGCCUGAUGUGGCUACAGCCUUCAGGAGAUUUUGUUCUACCUCUGCAGGUACAGUACCAUGGACUCUUCCAAAUGAUCCCUAUCCUGGGGAUUGGUGGAACAUUCCAAAUUGGUCUUCAAAUUUCUACAAUCACCUACAUGUCUAAGCAUGUUAAGGCUUUCAUUAAUGAAACUUGGUUGGAGCGAUACGGUUACCCCAUCCACCAGGACAACCUCUUGUUUCUGUGGUCUUUAAUCGUGUCCAUCACUGGUAUAGGAGGUCUCCUGGGUUCUUCAGGAAGCAGAUACUUGACUGUCAAGUUUGGCAAAAGGAAAUGUCUCCUGUGCAACAAUCUGCUGAUGAUAACAGCAGCACUUAUCAUGGGCUGCAGUAAAAUAGCCCGAUCCUUUGAGAUGAUUCUAAUUGGACGCUUCGUGUAUGGCAUAAGUACAGGUCUAUGUGUUCCUCUGCAUCAUCAAUAUCUUGGGGAAAUUUCCCCUAAGAAGCUACGUGGAUUUGCAAACUCUACUGCCUCUUUCUUUUGGUCACUGGGAAAAGCCGUAGGGCAAAUUGUAGGACAAAGGGAGCUGCUGGGCAGCCAGUCUCUGUGGCCCAUCCUGAUGGCCUUCUGUGCAGUUCCAGCACUGCUCCAACUGGUCACUCUGCCCUUCUUCCCCGAGACCCCACCAUACCUCCUCGUGCAAAAAGGAGAUCAGGAAGGCUGCAAGAAAGCCAUAAGGCAGCUUUGGGGUGAAGGAUGUCACCAAGCAGAGAUUGAAGACAUCAUGAAAGAGAAGGCAACAAUGAAAAACACCAAGAUCUUGAGUGUCCUGGAGCUAAUAAAGGAACCAUCUCUCCGCUGGCAGCUCUACAUGUUAACUACUGUGACUGCCACAGUUCAGCUAUGUGGCAUCAGUGCAAUCUAUUUCUAUACUAUCGAAGUCCUCCAGGCAGCUGGAUUUGAUGAAAGAAUGAUCUCUUAUAUGUCCCUCUCUGUUGGACUCUCUGAACUCCUAGCUACUGUAGUUUGUAGCUCCCUCAUUGAGCGACUGGGCAGGAAAACGCUCCUAUCAGGAGGUUACCGGAUCAUGGCUUUACUGAUGGCUGGUAUCACAGUGACUCUCUCCCUACAGGACUGGUAUUUCUGGAUGCCAUACUGCAGCCUCUGCCUGAUUAUCUUGUUUGUAGUCGUCUUUGGCAUUGGCCCGGCUGGUGCCACGGUGUCCAUUAGGACUGAAAUUUUUAAGCUGUCAUGCAGACCAGCUGCCUUUGUGAUCGGUGCAGCCAUCAACUGGCUGGGGGUCUUUGUGAUCGGCACAACCUUCCCGUUCAUUGUGGAGAGCCUGGGGCAGUUCUGCUUCCUCAUCUUUAUGGGGAUACUUCUCACUUCAGGGAUAAUAAUCCACCUGUUCCUCCCAGAAACAAAAGGAAAGUCAAUCAUGGAAAUCACAGAAGAUUUCAACAGGUUAAACUUUAAGAAGUGUGUUCCAGCAGCUCCAAAUCAUGUCAUGGAGGAUCACACCUUCUGCACCAGGCUUUGAUUGGCCAUUAGGGGGAGUCCAACUUUCUUAAA